CGGUUGCCGGCCCGAGGCGCCAUCCGAACGCGGGCUCGCGUCAGCUUCGUCAAAACCUGGCAGUCAGUCUCGCAAUGGCGUUAGUGGGAGAAGGUUGUGUGUUCGUUUAGUUUAACGCUAACCCGAGCGGACACCGGCCCAAAAUAUUGGCCUGUCUAUACGUGCUCGAAUUACUGGGAAAUAUUUCUUGUGAUUCCGUACAGAUAGAUCGAGAUUUUUGACGACGGACAGUCAAAUUUUGGUACGAUAUCCACUCUGGGCAAAUCAUUUCAAGGUUCGUACCAUUAACCAUAUUCAUCAUGCUCAUCUCAUCAUAGUUCCUCUUCGUUUUAAGUGUUUGUGUAUUGUGAACGUUAGUGUAUUGUGACAGUGACAGUGUUAUAUAAGUGUAGUGAUGGAUCCCGGAUCACCUUCAGUUCUAUGGCCGUUGCGCCUGAGCAAGCCCGCGGUGACGGUGCCCGUGCCGGCCGGAGAGAACAGCAAGGCGGAGGACAGGUCGCAAUCGCCGUCGUUGGCGGAGCGGCUGUCCGCCGCGCCCUCGCCCUCGAGCCCGGCUCCGACCAGCCCCGCACCACCCCAACACCAAUUCCAAGCGGCACUAGUUGCUGAAAAAUACCUCCUCCUCGAACAAGUGGAGGGAUCUUCGUUAUGUAGAUGUGUGGACGUGCGCACGCAAGAGGAAUACGUUUGCAAAGUAGUGUCGCGGGACUGUAGUAGCUUAUUACAAGCGCACUACCGUCUCGACGGGCACCCGCACGUCAACCCGAUCCACGAGGUGCUGGUUGGGGACAAGAGGGUGUACCUCAUAUUCCCCCGCUCGCACUCUGACCUCCACUCGUACGUGAGAGCGAGGAAAAGACUGAGGGAACACGAAGCUAGACGGCUCUUCAGACAAAUGGCGGAAACGGUCGCGGCGUGUCACGAACAAGGCAUCGUCUUACGGGAUCUAAAGCUGAGAAAAUUCGUCUUUGCCGAUCCUCAAAGAACAACGAUAAAAUUGGAAUCGUUAGAAGAUGCGGUGGUGCUCGACGACCCUGAGGAAGAUUUACUUCAAGACAAGAGAGGUUGUCCCGCGUACGUGUCCCCCGAGAUCCUGAGAGCCCAUCGGACGUACUCCGGCAAGGCGGCCGACAUGUGGUCGCUGGGCGUCAUCCUAUACACCAUGCUCGUCGGAAGGUAUCCGUUCAACGACUCGGAGCACGCGUCGCUGUUCGCGAAGAUCUCGCGCGGCUACUUCGUGGUGCCGGAGUGCCUGUCGUCGCGCGGCAAGUGCCUGAUCCGGUCGCUGCUGCGGCGCGAGGCGGGCGAGCGGCUGCGCGCCGCCGACGCGCUGCGCCACCCCUGGCUGGCGCGCGACCCGCGCACCGACCUGCCGCCGCGCGCCGCCGCCGCGCUCGACCGCCGCGUGCCCGACCUGCCCGACCUGCCCCACGCGCCCGACCUGCCCCACUCCCCCCACGCGCACGUGCCCCACGCGCCGCUGCUGCCCCCGCUGCCGCACCUGCUCGCCGACUGCCUCUAAUGCUCGCGAGGCUCGGGGCAAGCGCGAAGCGGCCCAGGAACUAGUCUACCCACGGAUGGCCGGCCGAUAGGCCUGGAACUCCGCAGCGACGUUCCGUUCCAUAGUCGUCCGAUUCGCCCACAAUGUUUGUCUUUUAUCAACAAUGUAUAAUAUUAAUGUCGUUUUAAACACGUUUUCCAAAUGUAUCGUGAACGUUCCGAGCGCCGUAGGCCCAGCGUGCUGGCCACGCUCCGGCCGGCUGGCCCGCGCCGACUGCUAACUGCUAAUGUAAUUAUUCGUAACGACACAUAAGUGAGACUGAUAGCGUUCGCUUCGCGCGCUGCGGCGAAGCGAAGCGAAGCGUCACGUAACUAUGCGGCGAUUCCUUAGCGGCGAGAUCCGUCGCGUUGAGCCGCGUAGCGUAAGAGUAGUGUAUAUUUUGUAUUUAUGAAAGUUUAAAGUUAUAUCGUGUAAUUGUGAUCUCCACCGAUGUUAUUUAGCGAUUACUUGAUUGCCAUUAAUUAUUUUGUUACGCAGGAGCGAUGUUUCUUUUGCGAGACGAUCGGUUGCUUCCAUCAUAUAGUAGAGAUAUUAUCAUUAUAUUAUUUAAAAGUUUCGCCUUGUAUCUAUUGAAUGUGAUGUAUUCGGAAAUCUAGAUGCGAAAUUAUUAUUUUUGUUAUAUUGAAUCUAUCAAUGGAACUUUGUUUAUAUAAAUUGAUUCGCACCACCACGUACCGAAUAAGUUUGUUGAAUUUGGUCUGUGCCAUUUAUUUAAUUUAAAACUUAUUUAUUGUUGUUGUGAUUGACGUUCGGGGGCGGCACUUCUUCCUAUUAAAUUAUUGACCCUUUUGGUACUUGGUGAUGAGUUUUUAUUGAAUUUUGUAAAUUCGAAAUCAAAUAUUUUUAUUGACUCGAUCGAUAUCAGUAAUGUUUCGGUGUCCAAAUUUAUUAUCACUGUUACUUUAAAUGUGCCCCGGUUUCGGGGCAGCUGUGAAAUUUUCAUGUUAAAGUGUAGUUUUGAAGUAGUCAAGUCUUUCAGAUUGAAAGCGCGUUGUACAAUAAUAGUCUACUGUAAAAUAUACUAUGUUAACAUUAAUUUAUACAAACUGUAAAUAGAGCUAAGAUAUUAUAAGUAUAUCAAAAAAAGGAGAAAUGAUAGAGGGAAUAAAUAAUUCAAAAAAUUA